UCCUGUCUCUAGCCUCUAUUUGAAUCUUCCUUAUUUACCGCAUCUUAGUUUGCACACUGCACACUAAAUUAUUGACCCUAAAGCAUAACUCACUUUAAUUCCAAAUACUGAAAAUUCAUGUUUAGUCUAUGCAAAUUCUUGAGUUAUUGAUGCUCGAAAUCGAAUAUGCGUCUCACAGAAACCGUUGCUUCUUGGUUUAUUGCCUUUUGCUUCAUGGGGCUGCUGAAAAUUUCCCAAUCACAAGUGCCACAAGAAGAAGUGGUUGCUCUUCAGCAAAUUGUGACUGAGAUGGGUGCAAGGUAUUGGAAAUUCAACGGUGACCAAUGCGAAAUCGAGAUGGUUGGGAUGUCGCCUACUCCCCCGACCGAUUCCGAGGGCUAUGUUGAUUGCAACUGCAAUUUCAGCAACAACACUGUCUGUCAUAUCACCAAUAUCGUGCUCAAGAGUCUCAAUCUUCCGGGAGUCCUUCCUAUUAACAUCACGAAGCUUCCCUACCUUCAAGCUGUUGAUUUCGCCUACAACCUCCUCAGCGGAACAAUCCCAACACAAUGGGCUUCGACAAAUUUGACUAGAAUCUCUCUUGUCGUAAAUCGCUUGUCAGGGGAGAUACCCAAGGAACUUGGAAACCUUACUACCCUCACGUACCUGGGCCUCGAAGCAAACAACUUUUCAGGGACUAUUUCUUCCGAAAUUGGGAAAUUGAUAAACUUGAAAACUUUGAUAUUAUCUUCCAACCGAUUGACUGGGCAUCUGCCUGUAACUUUUGCAGCACUAACAAAUUUGAAUGAUUUUAGGAUAAAUGAUAACCGUCUAAGUGGACGUAUACCCAACUUCAUUCAGAACUGGAAACAGAUUACGAGAUUAGAGAUGCAAGCAAGUGGACUAGUGGGGCCCAUUCCGUUGAAUAUAUCCAUUCUCACUAUGCUAAAGGAUUUGAGAAUUAGCGAUAUUAAGAGCCCGGCUUCAAAUUUCCCAUUGCUGAUAAGCGCUGCAAACCUAGAGACAUUGGUGUUGAGGAACUGCAACAUUUCUGGAGCAGUGCCCGAUUAUAUUUGGAGACGACUCCGAGUUCUGGACAUGUUGGAUAUCAGUUUCAACAAGUUAGUCGGGGAGAUUCCACAUAACAUCGCGAGGGAUCUGAAAACUGUGUUCGCUACUGGUAAUAUGCUAAGCGGAGACAUACCAGAUGCACUCUUGAAGUACGGGAGCAUCAUUGAUCUGUCGUACAACAAUUUUACUUUGCAAGGGCCCGAUCAACCUGCGUGCCAAACAAACAUGAACCGAAGGGUGAACUUGUAUAAGGGCUCGUCAACUGGCAACAUUCUACAACGAAUGCUUCCAUGUACAAGGAACGUAGCCUGUCCAAGAUAUAAAUGUUCGUUACAUGUGAAUUGCGGUGGCACUGACUUGACCAUCGAAGAUCACAAGAGACGAAUUUUGUACGAAGGAGACGCAGGAAGUGAUCCUGUGAGAUUUUUGAGCGAGAAUCAUUGGGGCUUUGUCAGCAGCGGGAAAUUCUUGGACGGUCCUUAUUCUGACAGCUCACGUGUAGUCCGAACCAUGUCAAACAUAACUAUCCCGGACCUGUACACCACGGCACGCCUCAAUGCCAUGUCCCUCACAUACUUCCAUUACUGCCUCGAGAAUGGGAGCUACAAUGUGAGCCUCCACUUUGCGGAGAUAAUGUUCACGAGCGACAGCACGUAUAACAGCCUCGGGAGGCGCUCAUUCGAUAUAUACAUCCAGGAUAAUUUAGUGGAGAAAGAUUUUGAUAUCGGAGAAGAAGCUCGUGGAAAUGGGAGGCCUGUAGUUAGGUCUUACAAUGCCACGGUGCGUGAUAGCACGUUGGAGAUCAGAUUUUACUGGGCUAGUAGAGGGACUAAGCGGAUUCCUAGCUUCGGAGUUUUUGGUUCUCUUGUAUCGGCUAUUUCAGUGGAUCCUAAUUUCAAGGUUUGCAAAGAUGGGGAUAAAAAGAAGAAUAUAACGGGUUAUAUCGUGGGUCUGGUGGUAUCUGCCUUCGUGAUUUUUUUGAUCGCGGGCAUCGUUUGGUGGAAAUGUCUCCGGAGACGCAGAACUCGCCUAGGAAAAGGUUUCGAUGGCUUAGAGCUACAGACAGUUGCGUUUUCGUUGAAGCAAAUCAGGGCAGCUACGCACAACUUUGAUGAGGCGAACAAGAUUGGAGAAGGCGGCUUUGGCCCUGUUUACAAGGGUUUGCUGCAGGAUGGAACUGUGAUUGCUGUGAAGCAGCUCUCGUCGAGAUCAAGGCAAGGGAACCGUGAGUUUCUUAACGAGAUCGGUAUGUUUUCUUGCUUGCUGCACCCGAAUCUCGUGAAGCUGCACGGGUGCUGCAUCGAAGGCGAUCAGCUGCUGCUCGUGUACGAGUACAUGGUGAACAACAGCCUUGCUAAUGUCUUAUUCGAUUCGAACAAGAGCCAGAUGAUCCUCGACUGGCCAACGAGGUUCAAAAUCUGCAUUGGGAUCGCAAGAGGUUUAGCCUUUCUCCAUGACGAGUCGAGGCUGAAGAUCGUUCAUCGCGACAUCAAAGCUACGAACGUGCUGCUUGAUGGAGAUCUGAACCCAAAGAUUUCCGAUUUCGGAUUGGCUAGGCUUAACGAGGACGAGAAGACGCACAUUAGCACAAAAGUUGCUGGAACGAUAGGGUAUAUGGCUCCCGAAUACGCGCUGUGGGGCUACCUGACCGACAAGGCGGACGUCUACAGCUUUGGAGUCGUGCUACUAGAAAUCGUGAGCGGGAAGAGCAACAGCAACUACAUGCCAAGCCACAACUUCAUUUGCCUUCUAGAUUGGGCUUGUCACUUGCAAGAAAGCAAGAAUAUAGACGAACUCAUCGAUGAGAGACUGGGAUCUCAAUUGGACCGAGAGGAAGUCGAGAGGGUAGUCAAGGUGGCGCUUCUUUGCACGAACGCGACCCCAUCCGUGCGGCCUACAAUGUCGGAGGCGGUGCAGAUGAUGGAAGGGAGCCUCACCAUACCAGACACGGUUGCGGAAGGGAGCACGGAGUUGAGGAUGAAGGCCAUGAACGACUUCCGGAAGGAGAGCCGGAUCGACACUAGCUUGUCGGGAGCUUUGGGAAUUGAUCCGAGCUUCUCCUCGUUUGCCACUGAAUUUUCCGAAAUCGGUAGAGAUAGUGUAUCACAUUGAUCGAGUUGCGAUUCAACCUUUUCGGUGUGGCCUAGUUGGUUGGUCAAGUGAACUACGAGCAUAUCGAUAGAGUCGUGACCAUUCGAUGUUGGUGGAGUGAACGGUCUAGCUCGAGAGUCGAGCCUGCGACGUAAGGCUGAAUGAAGGUAGCUUAGAAACAUAAUGAUACCAUUUUUGUUACAUUCAUGUAAAACUUGUAUGUGGCGGCUGAAGGUAGAUUAGCAAGGUAAUGAUAUCAUUUUUGUCAUAUUUUUGUCAAGUAGUAUCAUGUAUAAUUUGUAACCAUCACUGUCUUGUACUAGUUUCUUAGAGUUUCUUACAUAAAUGGUUUCUGAUUUUGAUAA